GUGUCUAGUACCCAAAAAUAGUUGUGCGUCUUGAAAAAUGUGCCAAAUACUGGCAUUAUUUAUCAUCUUUGCCAUAUAUAUUCAGGAUGUGCGAUGUGGUUGCUCUCGCAUUCCUCAAGGAGCCAGUGGUCAACGUUCGGCAGUCGACGAUAACUUCAAGAUACUGAUUGAUGGCAAUCCAGAGGCUUAUAUACCCGAUCAUCAAUACAACGUGUCGCUCUCGUGUCCCAUAAAUAUGAAGUUCAUCAGCUUCACGCUGGUCAUUGAGGCAGAGGAUCAAUCCGUUGGCUACAAUUCCCACGAUAUGACUGGACACUUUGAGUUGUUCAACGGUGCAGAGACAAAGUUUAGCUCUGGCUGCGAGAAUAUGAUCGAGAGCACAAACACAAAUGCCAAGACACGCAUCGAUGUUUCAUGGGUGGCACCCAAGAAUCCCAGCAGCGGUUGUGUGUUUAUUAAAGCUGGUAUUGUGCAGCAUCGUGAUGUGUGGUUCAUCGAUGAUGGUUUCCUCACCAAACGUAUCUGUCCAGAAGAGAUUGAUGAGUUGAAUAAUGUUACGCCUGCCCUGCAAAAUUGCUGUGCCUGCGAUGAGGCCAAGUACGAGAUUGUUCUGGAGAGUAAGUGGGGGAGGAAUACACAUGCCAAAGACUUUCCUUCAGAGAAGGGACGCACCCGCAUUGGCGACGUAAUUGGUGCCUCGCACAGCAGCAGCUAUCGAUACUGGGCUUAUGGGGGAAGAGCUUCCAUUGGAGUACAGGAAAUGGCGGAGCAUGGCUCCACACGAUCCUUAGAGCAGGAGAUCAGAGAUAACACUCAGAAUGGCGAGGUGCGCACCAUUAUCAAGGCUCCUGGAAUUGUAAACCGUGAGAAUGUGUAUGGCACAACUUUGGCGAAUGCCCGAGUGGAUCCCCAGCAUCAUCAGAUAUCCUUGGCCGCCAAAGUAGAUCCCUCGCCAGACUGGAUUCUUGGAGUAGCUGGCUUGGAGCUCUGUUUAAGCAACUGUACCUGGCUGGAGCGUAAAGUAUUAAAUUUAUAUCCCUGGGACAUUGGUACAGAUUCAGGACCUUCAUACAUGUCACCCGAUCAGCCGCAGGUGCCACCCGAUGUGAUCCGUCGCAUUACAUCCUUGUAUCCCAGCGACCAUCGCUCACCGUUCUUCGAUGAAUCCGGAACACCUAUGAAACCUCUGGCCACGCUGUACGUCACUAGAAAGAAGCUGUACAUACGGGAAUGUGAGGAAGUACCUCAAGAAGGACCAUUGGAGUGCGCCACACAUCCUUGGAACGACUGGAGUAACUGCAGUACACGUUGUGGCCCUGGCUAUUCGCAACGCUUUCGUAGCUUCAAAAACCCAUCGCUAGCAGCCAGUUACAAUUGCGACAGGCACUUAGAUGAAAGUCGUCAAUGUCAAGGCACUCAAUGCGGCGCGGAAGAGGAGAUUGAUAACGGCGACCCAAAUAAUUAUAAUCCCGACGGACGGGAAUCGGUGGCCGAGUGUGAACUAACUAAGUGGAGCGAUUGGUCUCCGUGUUCAAAGGUCUGUGGUCGUGGCUUUUCAACACGCACACGCGACUACUUCAAUCCCCAGGCAAGGGCGCAGUGCCAGGCAGCCUUGAGAAUGCCCUUAGAAGAGUCUAUGCUAUGCACGGGCACCGAUUGUGGCGGCAUAAUACCUGACAAUGGAGAACUAGAUGGUAUGCAAGAACCCGAAGACAAUGCAAAUUUUCCAGCUUGGAGCUCAUCCAACAAUAACAACAGAUUCGCGACUAACAGAAAUGACGAGGGUCAAAGCUGGAACUCCAACAACUUUGACACAAACAAGGAUAACUUUCAAUCUGAGAACCAGCGCCGCCAAAGCUGGAACAGCAACAAUUUCAAUCGUAACAUAGAUAAUUUUCAAAGUGAAAGUCAACGUGGCCAAACUUGGAACAGCAACAAUUUUGAGCGUAACAGAGACAAUUUUCAAAGUGGAAAUCAACGUGACCAAAGUUGGAACAGCAACCGCUUCGAUAGUAACAAAGUCAAUCUUCAAAGUGCAAAUCAGGGAGGUUAUAAUUCUAAUCCUCGUCGGCCGCUCGAGUUUGAUCGCUUCAACAGUUAUGAGAAAGAGCCGGUAACGGAAAACCUACCAAGGAAUUAUCAGGGACAACGUAACGAUUUCAGAGUUUCUCUAAAUGCAUUCAACGGCCAUCGCUACAUCAGUUUCAUUCUGGCUUUGGAAAACGAGAAUGGAGAUUUUAGCUACAUGGCCGAUCUGGGUAGAUUCGAACUAAGCGAUAGGAUCGAGACACGUUUCAGUCCCAACUGCAUUAACAUGGUGGAAAACACAAACACCAAUCCCAAGACACAUAUGCAUCUCACUUGGACAGCCCCAAGUGAACCUGGCAGUGGUUGCAUAUUAAUACGUGCCACAGUACUGCAGCAUCGCGAUGUUUGGCACAUGGACGAUGGCGGCUUAACACGACGAAUUUGCGAGGAGAUCGUGGACGAUGUUGAAAGCCAGCCAACUGCACCCAGUUUAAACGCUCCUUGUUGUGCCUGCGACGAGGCGCGUUAUGAGCUCACUUUCGAGGGAGUCUGGCAACGCAAUUUACAUCCAAAGAACUUUCCAGAAAGAAAAUGGGAGACACGGUUCUGUGAGCUCGUCGGUGCUGCUCAUAGCGCCGAUUAUCGCUUUUGGGAAUCCGGUGCCUUAGCCAGCGAAGGCUUAAAGCAAUAUGCGGAGCAUUGCACCUCAAAGCUGCUUGAUCGAGAGUUUAGCGUCAAUUACCGCGAUAAUAAGAUACGCACAAUUAUUAAAGCACGAGGUCUUGGGUAUCCCAAUCUGAACAGUAAAUCGAUGGCUUCGGUGCGUGUUGAUCCAAUGCGUCACAUGGUAUCGUUUGCAUCCAAAAUUGAGCCGUCGCCCGAUUGGAUUGUGGGCGUUAGCGGACUGGAGCUGUGUCUACGGAAUUGCACCUGGUUGGACUCGAAAGUGAUCAAUUUGUAUCCAUGGGAUGUGGGCACCGAUGCAGGUCCCACUUAUACGUCACCCGAUCAGCCUCAAGUUCCACCUGAUGUCAUCAGGCGAAUGAGCUCCGACUUCCCCCCUGAUGAUCGUUCGCCAUUCUUCGAUAAAGAAGGACCAAUGAAGCCAAUGGCCGUGUUAACCAUACGACGCCAACGAAUCUACGAACGGCGUUGCCUGGAUGAAGAAUCCAACAACGAUGAAGAUGUGCCACGCGAAUGUCAAACGCAUCCCUGGUCGGCUUGGACCGAGUGUUCUACGAAAUGUGGUGGUGGCAUGCAAUAUAAGCGACGGGUGUAUAAGCAACCCGAGCUCUCCAGAGUUUACAACUGCAAUGUGCCACUCUACGAAGAACGCGAGUGUGAGGGCGAAGCCUGUGGUGUGGCAGAGUCGGUCAAUAAUGCAGACGAGUUUGAGGAGUUUCAGCUUGGCGGACAAAAGAUUCCCCCUUAUCAACGACAGGCUGAGUGCCAAUUAUCUGAUUGGAGCGCUUGGGGUUCAUGUAGUGUAACUUGUGGCGACGGUUUUCAAUCACGAUACCGUCAAUAUAUUACUCCUGGAGCUGAGGAAAAGUGUCAAAAUGUAUAUAGACUAGAUCUACAAGAAACACGAAGCUGCUCAGGUGGCACUUGCUCGGGCAACUUAUCUGGAGAAGACGCUGAUCCCAAUUCCCAAUAUGACGGAUCACUGAACCCACGCUUACAGCCGGAUGAUUAUCGCAAAUUCGAAGUGGGCAAUCUGAAGGGCACCAAUCAAUGGGGCCAAGAGCAGAUCAGCCAUACUCCAACAAUGUCCAACCAAUUCUUUAGACCACAGCAGUCGUCUUACAAUCAACAGUCUCGUAAAACUCCUGCGAACAGUUAUGAAGAAAUACCACGAUUACAGGACGUUGAGCGUGCUCCAUUUCAACGGAGACCCGGUAGUAAUGACUUCCGUGACUCCAGCAGUAAUAACUUCCGUGAUUCCAGCAGUAAUAACUUCCGUGAUCUCGGAAGUAAUAACUUCCGUGAUUCCAGCAGUAAUAACUUCCGUGAUCUCGGAAGUAAUAACUUCCGUGACUCAGGCGCUAAUAAUUUCCGUGAUUCCGACACUAAUAAUUUCCGUGAUCCCGGGAAUCGUUUCUCUGCCCAGAACUCGCCUCUUCGUAACACCAACAGAGAUGUGGAUGAUCGAAAUCCAUAUAUGCAAUCAAAUAAUAAUGUACACGAUCCAUGGCAAAGACGUAAUAACAAUAACUUUAGAAGAGGUUAUGAUGAUGAAGACAACAAACCGUAUAUCGAUGAAUAUAUGGAGAGGAGCUGCUUCCAAAUGAUAAGGACGACACCAAGCUGUCAGAAUAGUACAAUUCUGGGCAACUUCUGGUUUUAUAAUUUCUGCAAUGAUGAAUGCAUGUUGUUCCCAGUAGAUAUAUGUGAUAGAAAUGUUAACAAGUUCAACAAAUUGGAGAAAUGCGAAGAGUGUCGUCGUCCUCAAUACAAACAGUUCCAAUUGCAAGCUGCAGAGUCAGAAGAAUGCAAAAAUAUUUUAUCUGCGCAACGAGCUGAUAACGAGUUCUGGAGAGAAGAACGCAUCUACACUGAUCCUAGGCGAAAUAACAAUUAUAGUAACAGAAGACGAGAUUGAGUGCAAAUAUUAUAUUAUAGGCAGCGUUACAAUUGUUGUAUCAAACAUAAAAUAGGUUUAUUGAAGAUAUAGUACUAUUAAAAUACUAAAUAAAGUGAUUAUCACCAAAUGAAAAUUACUGUUAAGGCCAAUGAUUGAAAACAUUUCGA